AUGUUUUCAAAAGGCUACAUGUUCAGUCUUUUGACGACGAUUUUGCUCCUGACCUCGUUGGUGAAUGCAUUCAACUUUGGGCAUCCUGCCAAAUGGAACUUGCGGCCACUUCCAAACAAGCUCCCUCCUAGACCGUACUACGCGCCUCUGGGCUGGCCGCACAAUGGAUUUUCUACCUCCAAUCCCUUGUCCUCACCGUCCAGCCUCACCACAAAUUUGCUUGAGUCUUCCGCCGAGUCCGCGACCCCUGGAUUGAGCAUACUCACCUCUUCACCUCAAGGCCAAAGCACUACACCAAUUUAUGUUUCAGCUUUUUCAAGCUCAACUCCGUCUACUCAGUCGUUCACAUCAUAUCCUGCUGGGAUUUCGACAACUUCAAGCAUCCAUGCUUACUCGAGCAGCUCUCCGACCCUCAGCACCUCUCUCAUCUCUAGCAGUACCCCAACUCUCAGCAGCACAAUCGGUCCAUAUACCUCAAUGACGUCCAGCAUUUUGACCACAACGAGCUCUAUCACGAUAGGCAACUCUUUAGCGUCCGCUACUGCUUCAACUACCAGUAGUGCAGACACGUCCGGCUCUACAUUGAGCACCGACACAAUCACGGGAGUAACAUACUCUGUUGUUACAAGCCCUGCGUCAUGUUUCACUUUACCGAUCCCCACAUCAUCACUGAGUAAAAUCCCCUACGACGAUGGUGCUGGAACUGGGUUGGAUGGCCCAAUUGACUUCUACUUCAACCCUGACAACUCGCCAGCCGGUGUUCUUGGUGCUAGUGUGAAUGGUUCGUACUAUGCAUAUGAUAUCUCAGACCCUUCGCAGCUCGUCAUCAUCCUACCGGAAGGUGAGAUCGCGGUCAUAACAACCCAAGGACUUACCAUCUAUGCGGCGGAUUGCAGCUCCGAACUUUCGGUUGAAAUUGACAACUUUAUCGACCAGGUCGAGCUCGCCAGCACCAACUCAGCAGAUGUGAGCAAACGCCAGCGUUCACGGAGGUCGUCUCAUCGCAUGGCCAAGCGAACGGAAACUAAUUUCGCGGCCGACAUUGCAUUGUUCGAUAUCUGUGGCAAUCCGGACACCAGUUCUCCCAUGGUUUCAGUGGGCCAGUCGCCCUGCGUUCUGAACGAAGCCAAUGGGGGAGAUUAUCUGUUUACCUGCCAGUACCCCGGGGCCAACAGCGAUGAGGCAGCAUGCGAAGCAACAGUAUCAAAGGAUAUCGGCUAUAUAACGGGUGGGCCUUUGGGCACUUUAACCAAUAUUGAAGGUGCCGCAACAGUCCUGGCCAUCAUAUUCCGCAGACAAGCUCUUGCUGUAAUCGCUGCAAUCUUCGACGCACCAGCAGUGGCUGCUGGCGUGGGCGCUCUGGCACUGGCACAAAUCAUCCUCAACACCGUUGGCGCCGACAAUAUUGCAUCGACAAUAUGUGACAUCAUGCACAAAGACGAGGCAUUCAUCAUCUCUGUGGAUUCUGGUUUCGAGAUCGAUAAUAUCGCCACCAUCACAGCGGCCCCCAUUAGCACGCUAUUUGCCACAAUCACUAUAUCUGCCAACACAGACGCUUCUUCCACUUGCUCCACCUCAGCCACCAGCAGCCCAACUGGCAGCUGCGGAGGCGGUGCAGCAUGCGGUGGAUACGUUGGCUGCGGUGACAAUCCGGGCCUGGACAUUGGUGAAUGUUUCUGUGGUACAGACGCCGAUGGAAAUGGCAGCUGUUCUAUUUCUGUCGAGUGCGACACUGCGACUGCAUGCUCUACCAAUGCUGAUUGCGGCGGCGGAUCUUGCAUCAUCGACAAUUGCUGUGGAUUCCCCGUCUGUCAAAGUAUCUGCGGCAACGCUCCGGCACUUACAAAAAAGAACAGCCGUGAUUAUGCUAACGGGACUAUGUUUAGUCACGGAAUUUGGAUUGAUGGAAGCUUCAUGGCGAACAUGGGCUAG